CCCUUCACCUCUGGGUCAUCAUCCACCGCUCGCUGAGGUUUCCUUUUGAUGAAUCUCCAUAGCGAGCCCAGCACCACGAAGCUUCUCUGCUCCCAUCGCUCGUUGCCUCCGCCAUCUUGUUGCGCAAACAAUCCAUCCCAGCGGACCCACAAUCAUACUGACGCGCACGCCACAGCUACAUUUGCCGUGACGCCUGCCUCUAGCAACCAUGUCCACGGCCACCUUAUCCUCGCUCUUGCCUGCUCCUUCGGUCUCAGUGGCCGAUGAACUGGAUGAUGACAACGUGCUCGGCAGUGGCGCGUCGCAGCAGAGUCUGUCGAUCGCUCCAAAAGCUAGCAUCCCUCCGUAUGGUCAAAGGAGCAACUGGAAACCUCGUCUAGAGGAGGAUUUUGCUGAUGGAGGAGCUUAUCCGGAGUGUCACUUGGCCCAGUACCCUAGAGAUAUGGGCCGCAAGAAGUCGGCUAAGCCGGGAAGCCAGCUCUCCCUGCAGGUAGACGCUGAGGGCAAUGUUCGCUACGAUGCUAUAGUGCAACAAGGUCGCAAGGAUGGGCAGAUGGUGCAAUCUCGCCUGAAAGAUACGCUACCGAUGCAUGAGCGAGAUGAUAUGAAGGACGUGUCGCUAGAGAGACCAGACGAGGCAUCCGUCAUGUCGACCGCUGAGCGAACGCGUUUGGCUCUGGAAAAGAUCACCCAGGGCAAGAUCAAAGCUGCUCAACCCAAGCAUGUAUCCAACACUGCUGGCAACAGCACUUUUGUCAGGUACACACCCGGAGCUCAGGGUGCUGCGGCUGGAGGAUCUCAAAGAAUCAUCAAGAUGACUGAACAGGUAGAGGAUCCGCUCGAACCGGCCAAGUUCCGCUUCAAGAAGAACCCGCGCGGCGAUCCGAGCCCUCCUCCUCCUGUGCUCAGAAGCCCUCCUCGCAAAGUCACGGCGGCUGAGCAAAAAGAGUGGAUGAUCCCACCUUGCAUUUCGAAUUGGAAGAACAACAAGGGUUACACCAUCCCGCUCGACAAACGUCUGGCAGCGGAUGGUCGAGGCCUGCAAGAUGUGCACAUCAACGAUGGCUUUGCGCAUUUUAGCGAGGCUCUGCACUUGGCAGAGAGACAUUCCAGAGAAGAAGUGCAUCAGCGCAGCAUCAUGCAACAGAAAUUGGCGCAGAAGGAGAAAGCUGCAAAGGAGGAGCAUCUGCGUGCGCUUGCUCAGAGAGCUAGGGACGAGAGGGCAGGCAUCGCACCUAGCGCUACACCCAUGAGCAAUGUGGGAGAUAGGAGCGACCCGACGGAUCGCAUGACUGCAGCAGGGGGAGGAUCGAUGCCUUCUGCGCUGGCGGCAUACGGCAGCGAUAGCGACAGCGACAGCUCGAGCGAGGAGGAUGAUGAAGCUGCAAGGGAGCGCGAUCGUGUCCGAGCAGAGCGUAAAAGGGACCGAGAGCGCGAGAUGCGCAUGGCGAGCAUGGGCAGCGAGCAACGGGCUCGCAUGCUCGCACGAGAGCAGAAUCGCGACAUUUCGGAAAAGGUUGCGUUGGGUUUGGCAAAGCCUACCAACACUUCGGAUCAGGUGGACUCCAGAUUGUUCAAUCAGGAAUCCUACUCUGCUGGAUUUGGAGAUGAUGAGAGCUACAAUACGUUUGACAAGCCGCUUUUCCAGGGAAGCAGCGCUGCUCAGACGCUCUAUAGACGACCGGCUGGAAAUUCGGCGGUGGACGUGUACGCUGCGACGGAGGAAGCUGCGAAUGAGGCCAUGAGAAAUGAUCGGUUCGGUCUUGGUAAAGGAAAGGCUUUUGAGGGCGCAGAUCUGCAAGAGGAACGUUCGGGUCCAGUCCAAUUCGAAAAGGAUACCUCGGACCCCUUUGCGAUCGAUGCAUUCUUGGACGAUGCGAAACGAGGUACGAAGCGAUCAGGAAUCGAGACCGCCAGCUCUUCCCGUGCGAAGCGACAGAAGGACGAAGAUGACUGAACGCCGGCAUGAGCUUCGACGCAUCGCUUUCGGUGUUUUGGAGCUUUGCAUCAGCAAAAUGUCUCACGGCUCGAAUCGCUCUCGCCACACUGUUGCUAGCUAUAUCAAUCUAUUGCAUUUCCAAC